AGUCAGUCAGUCAGUCAAACAAGUCUAACAGGCAAUGCGGGCCCACAUAAUACCGUGGCUGCCGAACUCGCGGUAAAGUAGUUUGACACGCACGUGUUCGAACCGGGUAACGACACAGUGUGUCUUUCUUUAACUGUUUUUGCGGUUACCUUUUUAAAUUGAAGAAAAAGAAGCGGAAAGAAAGAAAAAGAGGAAGCAAGAGACAGAGAGAGAGAGAAAGAGAAUGAGGAAAGCGAAGAUGAUACUAAGAACAGUCCCUGGGGGCAUCGUCCUUUUCCUCCUACUUAGCGGAUCGAUCGCUGCUCAGGACGACGAUUCUUUGGCUGGCACUUUCUUGUCAGGUCUAUUAGAUUCCAUAACAAGUACAGCCAACAGUGCAGACUGCCCAGGUGUGUGUGUACACGCAUUUGCAACGUUAAUAUGUUACGAAGUUCUUGAAGAUGUAGAGUGCCCUACUAGUAUGCGAUGUUGUAUCGAGGCACCUAUAAAUGGUACCGGAACUUCUGAAAGUGCCGCCCCUCCUCAUGGCGAUGACUCUACUUCAACUAUUAUCACUACCGUUAAGACAACGACAACUACGAGCACAACAACACCUUCAACAACUACAGCACUUACGACCGUAUCUUCAACAACUUCCGUAAAAGCUACUUCUGAAAAUCAGAAAGAAGCAGUGAAUAAAACAUCAUCAAAAACGUGUUCAGGAAUUUGUAUGGCAGAGAGAAUUGCCGAUUACUGCGAUGCGGUUCUGGUAAUAGACACCCUUUGCAAGCCAGGAUAUAAAUGUUGCGUAUCCAGAGAUGCGUUUGGGGAUUCACCUCCUCCGGAACUACUAGUCAUUGACCGAACGAAUUCAAGUCGCAUCGAUGAAAAGACUGGUCUCAAUACAUCUUACAAAGGUUCUUCGCCUUUUACAACUGUAAGAUCAAAUAUGAUUACUUCUACGAGCAUAGCUAGCACUACGAUAGCAACGACUACUACGAUAGCGAAACAACCAACAACUACGACAAGACCAAAGAUUACGGUGAGAAAGCCGUGUAAAGGUGAAUGCGUUAGUGGCUUCUUCGCUCUUUUAUGCGAUAAAGUGGAUGGAGAAGCUGAAUGCCCCGAUGAUGGAUCUUGUUGCGUUAUCGACGCUUUCUUAAAAACUGAAACGACAACAACAACGACGGUUGGACCAACCACGAAACCGCCGGAACCAAAAUUACAACCAUGUCCCGGAUUUUGCUUGUUAACCAUUAUGGCAGCCUUCUGUGAACGGCCAAACGCAAUAAUAGCGAAGACUUCGACUUGUCAAUCCGGAUAUAUUUGUUGUGACAACACGAAAAGCUCGCCGCAGACACCAAGGCCAAGGCCAAGGCCCACACCGAGACCAUCGAUUACUACAGUUUCUUUACCACGAGACACACGCGCAGAGUGUCCUGGAUCGUGUAUUGUUUCCUAUUUAUCAUUCACUUGUUUCAGAAACGCUGAAUUGACGAAUUUGUUUAAAUGUAAGAAACAAGGGCAUCAAUGUUGUGCUCCAAAAUCAUUGAUACGAGAAAUCAACGGUGGAAAUUCUAGCGAAGCAAUUUUGACUAAUAGAAAUGACACCAUGUAUGUUACUUCGAGGCCAUACACAACACCAUUUACAACAGCUAUAUAUGAAACAACAACGAUGAUGACAACUAUGAGAAGCCCCGUGUACAGUAAAUACGUGUGUGGUGUAAAAGGAACCUCCCGCGGACCGAUUCAAGCACGUAGUCUUGAAAGAGGAGCACGCGUUGUCGGAGGGGAAGAUGCAGAUGCCAAUGAAUGGUGUUGGCAGGUUGCCCUGAUUAAUUCCUUGAAUCAGUACCUCUGCGGUGGUGCACUCAUCGGCACGCAAUGGGUCUUGACAGCUGCACACUGUGUAACAAAUAUUGUACGAUCUGGGGAUGCGAUUUAUGUAAGGGUAGGUGAUCACGAUUUGACGAGAAAAUAUGGAAGUCCUGGUGCUCAAACUCUGCGAGUGGCAACCACUUACAUUCAUCAUAAUCAUAACAGUCAGACUCUUGAUAACGAUAUAGCGCUAUUAAAGCUUCAUGGACAAGCAGAGCUUAAGGACGGUGUUUGCUUAGUAUGUUUACCUGCACGAGGGGUUAGUCAUACAGCUGGUAAACGAUGUACCGUCACUGGUUAUGGAUAUAUGGGAGAAGCUGGUCCUAUCCCGCUUCGAGUACGAGAAGCUGAGAUACCAAUUGUAAGCGACGCAGAAUGUAUACGUAAAGUGAACGCCGUAACUGAAAAAAUUUUCAUCUUGCCAGCAAGUAGUUUUUGCGCUGGUGGCGAACAAGGAAACGAUGCAUGUCAGGGCGACGGUGGAGGUCCUUUAGUAUGUCAAGAUGACGGAUUCUACGAAUUGGCUGGACUGGUGUCAUGGGGUUUUGGCUGCGGAAGAUUGGAUGUUCCUGGAGUUUAUGUCAAAGUUUCGGCGUUCAUUGGUUGGAUCAACCAAAUUAUUUCCGUAAAUAAUCUUUAGCUUUUUUAUGUU